CAUCCCCUCCCUCUUGGGCUUCCCAGACACUGAGUCUGGAAUGAAAAUUCACCUGCCUCUGAGUCGGCUACUGGCGGGGGCAGGGCUGUUACUUGGCUUCCCAGGUUGGAAGAUUAUCUCACCCAGCUCCAACUAUAUAAGCCGAGCAGUGUGGAGGGGUUCAGUAGGGCCAACUCCAGGGAUUCAUUCCACAGGGGAAAACCAUAGAGGCAGGCGCACUGCAGCCAACAUGAUGAUGCUGAAGGUAGAGGAGCUGGUCACAGGCAAGAGGAGCAGCCUCCAGGGGACAGGGGAAUUCCUUCCUGCUGAUUUUAGAGAUGGAGAGUAUGAAGCUGCCGUUACUUCGGAGAAGCAAGAGGAUCUCAAGACACUCCCAGCCCACCAUGUGAUCCUGGCCGAGCAACAGUGGGAAAAGGAGAAGCAGCGGGAGGCAGAGCUCAAAAAGAAAAAACUAGAGCAAAGAUCAAAGCUUGAAAAUUUAGAAGACCUUGAAAUAAUCAUCCAACUGAAGAAAAGGAAAAAAUAUAGGAAAGCUAAAGUUCCUGAAGCAAAGGAACCGGAACCGGAAAUCAUUACAGAACCUGUGGAUGUGCCUAGCUUUCUAAAAGCUGCUUUGGAGAACAAACUGGCAGUAGUAGAGAAGUUCUUGUCAGACAAGAACAACCCAGAUGUCUGUGAUGAGUAUAAACGGACAGCUCUUCACAGAGCAUGCUUGGAAGGGCAUUUGGCAAUUGUCGAGAAGUUAAUGGAAGCUGGAGCCCAGAUUGAAUUCCGUGAUAUGCUUGAAUCUACCGCCAUCCACUGGGCAUGCCGUGGAGGAAACCUGGAGGUUUUAAAACUGUUGCUGAACAAAGGUGCAAAAAUCAACGCCCGAGAUAAGUUGCUCAGCACAGCGUUGCACGUGGCAGUGCGCACAGGCCACUACGAUUGUGCAGAGCACCUCAUCGCCUGUGAAGCAGACCUGAACGCCAAAGACAGAGAGGGUGACACGCCCCUGCAUGAUGCUGUGAGACUGAACCGUUAUAAGAUGAUAAGACUCCUGAUUAUGUAUGGUGCGGACCUCGGCAUCAAGAACUGCGCUGGAAAGACCCCAAUGGAUCUAGUGUUAAACUGGCAAAAUGGAACCAAAGCAAUAUUUGACAGCCUCAAAGAGAACUCAUACAAGACCUCUCGCAUAGCUACAUUCUAAGGAAAUGAAACAAUCAGCAAUUGCUUAUU